AUGGCAUCUGUACCAGCGAGUCAAUCACGCAACAGAGCCCUGCGCGAAGCAGAGGCAGGAGGGGCGCUUGGGAAAGGAAAUGGGGGCGAGGCAGAGUUCCGGUCCACACUUGCGGCGACAAGGGUCGAGGAGCAGCAGCACUGCAGGCUCUCCCCUUGUCGAUCAAUUGAGCUUCCAGUCGAGGUGUGGUGGAAGGUGAUCGAUUGUGUAGCAGACCGCCUUUCAGUGUGUCAGGAUGGUAGAAGGCGGAUGCGAGAGCUAGCAAGGGUGAGUCGGGCAUGGUACACGCGGUGCCGCGUGCGUGCCGAGGAGAGGCUGGAUGUGAUCUACAGACACAAGAAAGAAGUGUAUCGGCUGAUUAGGAGACUGAACGAGCACCCGGAGCGAUACAACGCCAUCAAGCGGGUCCAUUUCAUGAACAACAAGAUCAAUAACUUUGGUUCGCUCGCUGUCCACAUGGCUGGGAAGCUCCCUCAUGUGGAGACACUCGAACCCAACUUUCCGUGGCGCCACCGCGACUGGGAGCCUGGGCAGCUGCACCCGCAGGUCUUCCUGCAUGUGAGGGUCGCGUUUGAGUCGGCGACCACGCUCCGUCUCGCCCGGCUCACUUUUCCGUCUGCGGUGGUGUUCGGGCGACUGCUCUGUGCCCUGCCGCGUCUCACCUCGCUCACAUGUGGCCAUGUCAAGUUUACGAACCCAGGCGGUGUACCGGGCCCAGUACCAAGCUCUCUUCGCCUUGCCACCGUCGAUCUGGAUAGCAGCGAUGACGUCAUCGGCUUCCUCGUCGAGACCAGAGCCGGCGCAUUUCUCAGCCAUGUCGUCGUCCGGCGCAGUGGAGAUCUCGAGGCGUGCUCGAGGCUGGUCGCUGUCGCUGCCUUGUCGCUCUCCUCGUUUCAAUUCCGCAUAAAUUGGUUUGAUCGUGACGACCUUCUUCCCGAUCUCACCCCAGCUCAAAACCUGUGUGCCCUGUCUGUCUGCAUAAACCCAUUCUCGCUCAACCCCAAAUGGCUAAAGCGCGCUUUGCCUGAUGCCUCUCUACCCAACCUGCGUGAUUUCGAGAUUGCUGUCGACCUCAGUGCUGACGACCAGCAACUAAGUAACGAUGAUUUCGACGAUAUUUCCUACGCGCGCAUCGACGGGGUCCUCUCUGGACCUCUGUUUCCCGCCCUCCGAAAGAUCACCCUUUGCCUCCGGUGCAAUGUUUUCCCGAAUAGGGUGACGAGCAUAACAUCCGAGGUUUCCUGGCCAGCAUAUAUUUCAUUGAAACUUCCCCUCCUCCACGCCAGUGGACGGCUUUUGUGA